AUGGGGUCCUUACAAAUUAUCUUUGCUUCAGGUCUCCUUUGUGCAUUACUUCUAUCUGGUGAGUGCAUCACAGGAGGCAAGGAGGCCACACCGCACUCCCGCCCUUAUAUGGCUUCAUUACAGCUGGAUGGCCAACACCACUGUGGUGCAUUUCUGAUCUCUAGUCAGUGGUUAAUGAGUGCUGCACACUGUUUCCGAAAUGACCCAGAUUUUAAGGUGGUGUUAGGAGCUCAUUCUUUGUCCCAGCCAGAAGACACAAAACAAACGUUCGACAUUGCUGCUGUCUAUAAGCAUCCUGAUUUCACAGCUGUCAACUAUGAUAGUGAUAUUGCUUUGGUCAAGCUAAAUCAGCCCGUCACGAUCACUGACUCUGUGAAGACACUGAAGUUCCAGCGAGAGGGCGGGAAUGAUCCUGACACAAAUACAGCUAUGGAUACUGCUGGAUGGGGCUCCUUAAACAACCAUGGAAGCCGGACUGACACUCUGCAUGAACUGACGAUUGCUGUCAUGGAAAGAUGGCUUUGUGGUCGUAGUGACUAUUUUGGGGCAGCCUUCACAAAUAAUAUGAUCUGUGCCGCCAAACCCAAAAUGGACACCUGUAAUGGUGACUCUGGAGGUCCUCUUCUUUAUAAGGGCAUUGCUGUGGGCAUUACUUCGAAUGGGGGGAAGAAAUGUGGUUCGAGCAAAAAGCCUGGACUCUACACCAUUAUAUCUCACUACGAUGACUGGAUCACCCGUAUCAUGGCCCAGUAGAGUGUCAGCAGAUUAACUCAAGCAGUCCUGUUAUUACGUUUCAGUCUGCAGCUUACACAUU